CCGGCAAUAUCCGCACGGUGCGGUGUCGAUGAAUCAGUCAGCUCUAAAGAGAUCCAAUUUGGACUUCGGACCGCCAAUGGGUGAGCCCUCCUCUAAACGUGUACCCAAGACGACUCUUGCGGUUCUUCCCGAUGACCUGGACGAAGCCACCCACCAGAGUCUGAACGAUCGUGUCCUGCGCAACAUGCAGGUCUACAAAAAUCUUGGCAUGCUUUCCCAACAAGGUGGCACUCGUCUUGCUCUUCUCCAAAGCAUUGUGCAGCAGUCAGAUGGACUACUCGUCUCGAAAGAUGUACAUGAGCUGAGUGCUCUAAUAACAAACCACCCGGAGCUGGGGGCUAAGUUGGACGAAGCGUGGAACAAAGAAUCAUUCAAUGACAUACGAAACCUGAAAAUUCUUCGUCCAGCUGUUCAGCAUGCGGGUUUUGCGGAUCUUGAAGUGAUACUUGACUCUCAGUUAUCCAAAGAUGCGGCGGUCAAGUCAUGGUCUUCCACAUACAAAGGAAACGCUGCCGACAUUCUUUCCCUGUACAUGACGGGACCAUGUGGCCCUAAUGUGUAUGCUCGCCUCUUACCAGUCGUGCAGUCGUCUGGGAUGGGGAAAUCGCGAAUGGUCGACGAGUUCUCCAAGUACCACUUUGUAGUCCCUUUCAAUCUCCGUAAGGGAGUUGAAGGAUAUCCAGCCCCUGACCAUGCUAUCCUCCAUUGGCUCACAUACCCUGGCCUCUCACAACUUGCGAGCGAUGAUCGCUUCAGCGCAUUUCUCACUGCGUUGUUCGAGAAACUAUCUGACGUCCUUGAUGACCUAAAAUCAAGGAUCAAGUCCUCUAAGCUCUCAGAUGCCGAGAAGACGGCCACAUUAAAGAACUAUCCUGAAUCCCUUGCCGAGCAGUUUCGGCUUUUUAUGACAGUUGGACAGCAGUUUGAUGAGCAAGGUCCUCUGCGUGUGCAAUUUUACAAGGACGUAUUGAACAGAGCGAAUAAGGCAAGUCGUCUGUUCUAUGUCGCCGCUAUGACCCUCACAGUCGAGGCAGCUAUCUUCAGUACGGUUGAACUUACUUCUGUCAUCAAAAGAGUAUUAGAAAAGAUCGCUCCUGAUUACCAGAGUGCACAGCAUACUCCCGUGUUGUGUUUGGCGUUUGAUGAAGCCCACACUUUGACAACUCCAAAUCCUGGUGGAGACCCGAUUCCAUUCACGUCGUUGAGACGCGCUUUGCGGGCUUUAAGGACAUUUCCUAUCUGGAGUCUCUUCUUGUCCACAACAGGAAAAUCUGACCAGUUCUCCCCACCAUCUCACCUUGAUCCAUCGAGCCGCAUUCUCAAAGGUGAACUUGUCAGUAUCAAACCGUUCAGCGCACUGGGUUUUGAUCACAUGGCGAAGGAGUUUGAUGGGGUCAUGACUCUGGAUAAUGUCACUGAGUUAUCAUAUAGGUUAUCACUAGGUCGUCCCUUAUGGCUAACACGCUACCAAGCGGGCGGAGACCGCGUCAAAGAGACAAUCACCACAUUUGCUAUUGAGAAACUUCUCUGUCGUGCAUGGAAAAGGGACAACUUGGCCCGCGCGGAAAUGUUUGCCGUGAUGUCUCAUCGUCUUGUCCUGGACUUCAAUACGACCGUUUACUCUGGUCAGCAACGAGCGGAGGCGGAAAGGGACCAGAUGCGCCAAGUCGAGAGGCACAUGCGUGUAUGCUUGGGUGUCAAGGAAGGGUUCGAGUCUGUCGUCACGGUUGCAGCAUCCGAACCGAUCCUCACCGAGGCCGCGGCCACCAUCUUGUGCUCCAUCCGGGAUACGGUCCGGUCCUGUCAUAUGUUAGAAGACAUCUUGCAGUGGCCUGGAAUAAGUAAGGGAGAUCGGGGAGAACUCAUUACCUGCAACAUUAUUAUCGACACCCUAGAUGACCUUAUGGGGGUCAUGGUGACCUCGUUGUUUCAGGCUCUCUUUGCCCGCGACAUCUAUGACACGUCGAUCAAGGAUUCUUUGCCUUCAAUGCUGCUGAACGGCAGCCGCAACAGAUCAUUUGCCGAGACAUUCAAGAGCUCACGCAUCUACGUCACGCAUUUCAUCAAGGUUUAUGAUUUCGAGGUACUCUCUGUCAACUAUCUCUUUAAGCUUGCUGCCCGGGGUGUCGGAGUUGUCUGUGCGGAUAAUCAAGGUGGCGUUGAUGUGGUCAUUCCAAUUCUUUACAAAGACACAGUAUUGCAAGCGGACAAUAUGACUGUCCUCAUGAUACAGUCGAAGAAUGAUCAUUCUUACUCAACCAAACCGUCGCAAGACUUGUUUGACAAAAUGGAUCCGUCCAAGCUCGGAAUUUUCCCCAAGAAACAGAAAACACUCCCAGUGAUUCGGAUGGUGAUUGCACUGGCAUCGAAGAAAUCCAUUGUUUCUGUUAUAGGGCCACCUCCACGGACGCAGCCAGCAAGGCAAGGCAAACAGCUGCCUAUAUACCGGAAGAAUGCCUACACAUCAUUUGAUGUUUGGUGUGCCAGGGCUUCUUCCAGGACUUUUCGCACCAUUAGGCCUCAGGAUGUUGCGACAUAUGAUGCCUUGCUGAGGUUGUCAAAGGAUGUCCCUGAAAUGUUUGAGCCCAGUGAAACAUUGAUACAGGAUUCUGUAAGGAGGAUGUACCCUGGUGGAACUUCUCAUGCUGGUCAUUGGUCAUUUUGUACGAAAUGAAAGGCAGCUGUGUUCAAUGUAAACACUGUACUCCGGAUCCAGAUUUGAAGACUGAUGACACUAAGGUAGACAAAAUUCAAAUCCGCCUACUACUUGU